UACAGUAUGUUGUAUUCUUUGAAUAUCGCCUAAUUUUUAUGCUAUCAUGUCUCGUAAAUCUGCUGGAAAACGCAAAAAGAAUGAAGAUGAACAUCUAGACUCGAUAAUUGAUGAAAUUAACACCAUUACAGGUGCAGAGUCUUCUAAAAGUAGAAAGACUCGACCUGACCACUCAAGUAAAAAUAAAGAUAUUGACAUCGUGCUGAGAAGAGACGAAUCUGGCCAGCGAAUAUAUCACAACCCAAGACGAUUGUCGCAAUCUAGUUGGGCAAGACGAGUGGAAUACACAAGAUUGAACGAACCUGUUGAUCUCUUAACUGACAAAGUAGAUGAACAUUCUGAAACUUUUGAGCAAGGUACAGACCUUGAUGCAAUCAUUGAACAGUGUGAGGAAGCUGUUGGUGAAAUGAAUGAUAAUACCACUGUGUGGCAAAAACGAAUAAACAAUCUUGAGGAAAACUGGGAGAAUGCUAGAGGAGCCAUAUUUCACAGUGUUUUGUGUUCAUUUGCCCCUCCCACUUCCUCAUUACAUUGCUCUAAAAUUGAUUGCCCCAAUGAUGCACAAUUGAGGUGUAAGCAGUGUGGUGUUUUUCAAUAUUUAUGUGUCAACUGUGAUGAAGAAGUACAUCAGUGUCAGCCGCUUCAUGAUCGUGAAGUUUGGAUUAAUGGGUAUUUUCAAUACAUUCUUCCAACUGAGUCAAUAACUGAUGAUGGAAAGCUUGUUCCUGUUGGUCGUGCAUGUCCUCUUCUUUACCCAACAUCUUGCUUGGUGUGCGGGGAAUCUACUUUGAAAACAUUGAACAGCUCAAAAGUUAUACUCAUCACAUCUGAAGGUCGUUUUGACCUCAAUUGGUUUAACAUACACUGUUCAUCAUGUCCUUGGCAAUGGUCACCAAUUUCGUUUGACUGUAUAGUUCAAAGUGGUUUUUGGCCAGGAAGUCCUGCCAAUGUAAACUACUUGUUUCAUCAAGAGCUGUUCCUUCUUUGGGAUGCCUUCCGGAAGCAAAUGCCAGGCUCCUCACAAACUGCUUUUAUAAGAAGCUUGGAAGACAUGUCUCGUUCCAAAAAAAGGGCAGAUGUGAUAACUGCAGCAACAUUUCGGAAGGCCUUUGCAGAGUGGUGCUAUUGUCAAUUUGAACUGGCUUCGCUACAACUUCAGGAUUGGAGAAAAUGCCCACCAUGCAGUGUUGACCAACACUCUUGUCAUAUUGAUGGCAACCACAAGGUUUAUAGAUAUGAUAAAGUAUCAAGGGGUACAAGUCCUUCUUAUUACAAUGACCAUCUGAUUGUCGAAAAUGCGAAAGUAGAUUCUCACAUAAGAAGCUUGAAUUCCAAAAUCACGAAGAAAGAUAUGAAAGAAGAUAGUUCUUGUGGUGAUACGCAUUGGAAAGCUGCAAAAGCUGUGUCGAAAGCGAAGAAGAACCAAGAUGAAACUGGAUUGGUAGUGGCUGGCUGCAGACAUUCUGUUUGUCAAGCCGCCUUGAAUAUGUUUAGAGGAGAAGUUUAUGGUUAUGCUCACUAUCUACAUUUAAACUUUGUUCAUCCAAACAAUGUUAGGUUCUUGUGGGAAGAUGUGAUAUGUAAGUACUGGCCAUGGGCUAAGCGAGUCACUUCAGAGCAAAACAAGAUGGCAUUAACUGAUACAAAACCAGCCUUGUCACUCAUGCAUGGAAAAUCGCACAGUUGGAACUGUCAGGUUAUUUGGAGUGGAAGAUGGCAAGAAGGUGCUGCUGCAACUCCUGGGGAGGAAGUUGAACAAAUCAACAGCUAUCUCUCCAGACUUGGAUCCACCACCAAGAAUAUGAUAGCAUCAGGUCGCGAGGAUUGCAUCACUGAGCAUCUAUUGAGUUGGAAUAAGCGAAAAAUUUGUAAUCUACCUAAGCUGUUGGUUCUUCGCCUGAAAAAGACGGAAAAGAAACUCGCCGAUGCGAAAACGGAACUUGCUACGUAUGCACGUGAGAUUAAUUUAUCAGACGCUGAUUUGGAUGCCUCAGUUGUGUCAUGGAAAAGAGAUGUUCAGCAGUUUGCUACUGGGAGUGAAAUGUUACAGAGGCGCUUCGGGAAAACUUCACCACAGUUUGAACAACGCUUACAAGCAUUGCCCACCUCAGCUGAACAACUCUGGCACACUUUCUUACGAGAUGUAGUCUAAAAAACACAUACGAUCAAUGAUGCUUAAAAUGACAAUUUUAAUGUGAGCAUAAAUAGAAAUUACCUAAGUUCGGGAGAAGAGCGCAGACUAGAAUCAGGAAUGAAUAAAAUGAAUGGGUGGAAGAUAUGGUUGCAAUGUAACACGAAGUAAAGGCCGAUUUGCACUGUCAAUGUUUCUGUGAUCAAUUAGCCUCUGUGAGAAGUCUGUGUUCACAGAAUCACAGAGCUUCAAAGCAACUGCCCUCUUUGAAGGUGUUCACAUUGUCAAAUACAUGGAUCAAAGUGUACUUUGAUCACAGAAACUGUGCUUACCUGCAGAAACUGUGAUAAUGCAAGCCAGCCUUAAGCAGGGCCGUAGCUAGAAGCUUAA